AUGGCAAGUCUCAUCGGCAGAAGGGGGGCCUUCCAGCUCGCGACGAAGGCGAGAUACUUCAGCUCUACGGCCCGCAGGAAUGCCGCCGAGGUGAAGAGCCUGGGUGUCAUUGGCGCAGGCCAGAUGGGCCUCGGGAUAGCCCUCGUGGCUGCGCAAAGGGCUGGUGUCCCCGUCACUCUCGUCGAUACCUCUCAGGCUGCUCUAGACAAGGGAAUGGGCUUUGCGGACAAGCUGUUGGCCAAGGAUGUAUCAAAGCAACGACUCACGCAGGAGCAGGCCGACAAGGCGCGCUCUCUGUUGUCCCCAAGCACCGCUAUGGAGGACCUGUCUAAAGUCGACUUUGUGAUCGAAGCCGUCCCGGAGAUCCCCAAGCUGAAGUUCGACAUCUUUGCCAAGUUGGCCGCGAUCUGUCCCCAGCACACCAUCCUGGCUACAAACACGUCGUCGAUAUCCAUCACCAAAAUCGCCGCCGCCACCACCAAAGACCCUAAGGACACCUCGGCGAGUUCCCGUGUUGUGUCGACUCACUUCAUGAACCCCGUGCCAGUGCAGAAGGGUGUCGAGAUCAUCAGUGGUCUCCAGACCAGCGCCGAGACGCUCGACACCGCAGUGGCUUUCUGCAAGGCUAUGGGCAAGAUCACCUCCGUUUCCGCCGAUUCUCCUGGCUUUCUUGCUAACCGCAUCCUGAUGCCGUAUAUCAAUGAGGCCAUUAUUUGCCUGGAGACUGGAGUUGGCGACAGGGACUCUAUCGAUUCUAUUAUGAAGAACGGUACGAACGUGCCUAUGGGCCCACUUCAGCUCGCUGAUUUCAUUGGGUUGGACACCUGUCUAGCCAUCAUGAAGGUGCUGCACACCGAGACGGGCGACUCCAAGUACCGGCCGAGCGUGAUGCUUGCCAAGAUGGUUGACGCUGGCUGGCUGGGAAAGAAGAGUGGCAAGGGAUUCUACGAUUAUUAG